GUUCGGACGUCCAGUCGAGUUCUGUCUUCGGUUAGAAUUGGUUGGGCUCGUGUUUCUUUAUUUCACUUGGUGUUUGGUUUUUGGCUUCACAAAGGCGGUUCAGUUGGAGGAGUUAUGAAUAUCAGUUGAAUCAAUAAAAAAAGGAAUACAUUACAAUGUCGAAAUUACCCAUCGCCGCUUUCUAUCCAGCUGCAACAACCAACCUUUACGAAGCUCAUACCCGGAAUUCCACUCGGAUGCAAGGAGGCGGUUUAUCGAAUAACAUCAUCAAUCGAACAACACCAGCCGUCACACCGGCUGAAAGUAACAAUAUAUCUAGUCCGGUUGUGCUUUGCGUUGAUGGCGUUCUUCUCUGGUUACUCAUCGCAUGGAUCACAGCUGGAACAGCAGCUAUUAUCACACUCCUCAUUAAAUCCUGUCGCAACAGAUGGAAACAUGUAGAGCAAGAAGAGUUCGACUGGGGCGGAUUGGAACGAUCACGUCCUGGCGCAAGCCAACACACUCGAUCAACGAGUUGUUCGUCGGCACCUUCCGUCCGCAAUGCUAUUCCAACACCCAAACCAUCAGUUCCACAUUCUACACCGUCUAGGUUCAGUCACCGUGCUUCAGCGCGUCAAUUUAGUUCAAGACGAGCGGAAGUAGAAGAAGGUAACCGCCGUCCCAAAUCACGAAGUCGGCGACUACAAUCGACGACGGCUUGAAGUGGAAGAACCUUCCUCACUACAUGAAUACUCGACAAACAUUAAUUAACAUUUAAUCACACAUCAUUAACGUUACCCAUGUCUCAAAAGUACAAUCAAAGAAAAUAAAUUGAAUUCACAGAGA